CCGGCCCCUUUGUGUCCUCCGGGUGCGUAGGCAGCCGGAGCUCAUCUUUCCGGCCCCCAGUAAAGGUGGUUUUCCUCUAACUCAGGGUAGCCACUAAGGCCUGAGUGGAGGAGUUUCCUUGAGCCUCCGGAGAGGGAGCAGGAUCUUCCCGCAGUUCGAUUCUGCUGGUCUCCAUUCUGCUCUCUCUAUUGGAGGGAAGGGGGCAACAGGAAGAAAGAGGAGCCUAAAAAGUAACCUGAUAAUUCAGGAAGCUGCAAGGAAAGCGUAGUUUCUCAUAUUCUCUUCCCCAUCUCAGUCAUCUGAGGUCAUUGCUAUUUCUCAAGAGAAGAGCCCAGAAGAAGAAAGAAUGGCUGUUGGACUUCUUAAAACCAUGUACCAGGAAUGGAGGAUGGACAGAAAUAAUAGACAACAAAGACAAUUCAAAUAAUUUAACUGUAAGGGUAGGAGAGAAAUGGAUGGAGUUAGUGACCUUCGGAGAUGUGUCUAUAGACUUCUCCCAAGAGGAGUGGGAUUGUCUGGAUUCUUCUCAAAGGCAUUUGUACAGUAAUGUGAUGUUGGAGAAUUAUAGGAUCUUGGUAUCACUGGGUCUUUGCUUUUCUAAGCCAAGUGUGAUAUUAUUGUUGGAACAAGGAAAAGAGCCAUGGAUGGUGAAGAGAGAGCUGACAAAUGGCUUGGACUCAGGUUGGAAAUCUAUUUGUGAUACUGAAGAAUUAACUCCAAAGCAGGAACUUUAUGAAGAACAAUCAUCCCAGAAGAUAAUGGAAAAAUUUACAAGCUGUGACCUUAAGUACUACACUUUGAGAAAAGACUGGAAAUGCGAGGACAGUUUUGAGAGGCAACCUGGAAAUCAAAAGGCAUGUUUUAAGGAAGAGACAAUGUUUUAUACAGAAGCCUUUGUUGAAAAAAGAUAUCUAGAAUAUAAUAAAUCUUGGAAAAGUUUCUGCCAGAACACACUGCUUCAUGUACAACAGAUAAUUCCCAAAGAGGAGAAAGUAUAUAAACAUGACACACAUAAGAAAAUCUUUAAAGCAAAUUUAAUGACUAUUAAACCCAAAAACGUCUAUGCAGAGAAAAGGCUUUUAAAAUGUAAUGAUUGUGAAAAAGUAUUCAGCCAGAGCUCAUCCCUUACUCUUCAUCAAAGAAUUCAUACUGGAGAGAAACCUUAUAAAUGUGUAGAAUGUGGAAAAGCUUUCAGCCAGAGAUCAAACCUUGUUCAGCAUCACAGGAUUCAUACUGGAGAAAAACCCUAUGAAUGUAAGGAAUGUAGGAAAGCCUUCAGUCAGAACGCACAUCUAGUUCAACAUCUGAGAGUUCAUACCGGAGAAAAACCUUAUGAAUGUAAGGUAUGUAGGAAAGCCUUCAGCCAGUUUGCCUACCUUGCUCAACAUCAGAGAGUUCAUACUGGAGAGAAACCCUAUGAAUGUAUUGAAUGUGGGAAAGCAUUUAGCAAUAGAUCAUCUAUUGCUCAACACCAGCGAGUACAUACUGGAGAAAAACCUUAUGAAUGUAACGUCUGUGGGAAAGCAUUCAGCCUUCGUGCAUACCUUACUGUACAUCACAGAAUUCAUACUGGAGAAAGACCCUAUGAAUGUAAAGAAUGUGGGAAGACCUUCAGCCAGAAUUCACAUCUUGCUCAACAUCAGAGAAUACAUACUGGAGAAAAACCUUAUAAAUGCCAGGAAUGUAGGAAGGCCUUCAGCCAGAUUGCCUAUCUUGCUCAACAUCAAAGAGUUCAUACUGGAGAGAAACCUUAUGAAUGUAUAAAAUGCGGGAAGGCUUUUAGCAAUGACUCAUCCCUUACUCAACACCAGAGAGUCCAUACUGGAGAAAAACCUUAUGAAUGUAAUGUUUGUGGGAAGGCUUUUAGUUACUGUGGAUCCCUUGCCCAACAUCAGAGAAUUCACACUGGAGAAAGACCCUAUGAAUGUAAAGAAUGCAAGAAAACCUUCAGGCAACAUGCACAUCUUGCUCAUCAUCAGAGAAUUCACAUUGGGGAGUCACUCUCACCACCAAAUCCAGCCAACCACCAAGUCCUGUAAAUCCCAUCUCCCAAAUAUUUCUGAAAUUUAUGUACUUUUGUCACUCUUUAGUGUUGUCACCUUAAAGCUAAGAUUCAUCUCACCAAGAUCACUAUUAUAGCUUUCUAACAGGUCUUCCUGUAUCCAUUUUUCCUACCCUUAAAUCCAUCUCCCGCAGUGCACCCAAACAUCUUUUUAAAGUAAAAAAAAAAAAUUAACAUAUCACUAUGUCCAGUUAAAACUUUUUUUGCUUGCUAUUAUUCUUGGAUUAGUAUUUACAGCCUUUGAAAUUGUCUAUGAGGCUCUCCAUUAUUUAGUUUUACAUACCAUUCAGCCUUAUUUUAUUCUAGCCUCCUCUAGGCACUAGACACUUCCCAGGACUAAGACCUUAGAUUCUGGAAAAUCGUAGCUCUACUAUGACAUCAUGUAACUGAACAACUUCUCUAAACCUCAGGGUUUUAAUUCUUAAAAUAGAGAUAAUAAAAGAUACUAUAUUAUAAAAAUGUGACUAAUAAAUGAAAUAGUGUCUGUUGUAAGUUGAUGCAUAUUACAUGAGAAAAUUGCAUGUAAAGUACAUAGUAUGUCAUCUAGAGCAGAUAGUCAAUAAAUAAUAUUUCUAUUACACUGAUUAUCUACUACACUCUAGGCAUGGUACUACACACUUAGCAUAUACUCACUCCUCCCAGCUAAAACAAGAUGUGUUAGUGGACAAAGUAGACCAUCUUCGGGAAACACCAGAUCAGAAUUGGGAAAAUGCAAAGAUUUUAGAAUAUAAGUGAGAGUCUGUACUCUGAGUGAAUAAUCAAUAUAAACACAGAUAGUAGAACUACAAUACUUUUACAAAGUUUUUAAAGAGAAUGUAUUAGAGCAAUCAAAAUUUUUAAAAAUAGGAUUCACUAGGAAGAAUGCCAACUUAUAUUUAGAUCAAGGAAAUCAAUGAUUACAACUAGAAGGAGAGAAAAAAAAAGAAAAGGAAAAAACCCCAACAAACAGAAAUCAUAGGUCCCAUUAAAAGGCACCAAACCUAGGUACUUACAUGGAUGCAUUCAGGUGAUUUUUAAAAACAUGUAAAUAUUAUGUAUAGAAGAAAAUGUGAAGUGUCUUAAGUUUUAUCCAGUGGCUACAAAGUUGAAAUCAAAAAAGAAUUGAGGGGACUGGGGAUCUAGCUCAGUGGCACUGCGCCUGCCUCCGAAGCGCAAGGUCCUGAGUUAGAUCCCCAGUACCAAAAAAAAAAAAAAAAAUUGAAGGAGGAAAACUAUAGUAAAUACUGAGUAGCUGCUAUUUGCUAGACACUGAGUGUGAGGAGAUAACAAUGAGCAACACAAAAGCCAUGUUCUCGUAGAGUUAUAUUCUAGAGGUGGAAAAAAAAUUAACACUUAAAUAUAAAACCAUCAAUUUUCUAAAUCCAGAAAACUGAAGAAUAACAAGAAAGUAAGUUGAGGUAUGUAAUAUAGCCUGUGCUGUAGAGACACAAGACAAUGGAGUUGACAGUUCUUCCUAAUUCACAAAUUCCCUGCAAUUUGGCCAAAAUUCCUCAAUGUACAUUUUUGUCCUUUAAUUUCAUAAGUUGCUCAGAGAUUCAUCUCUGAAGUGUGAAUUCUUAAAAGCAACAAGAGAAUUAUGGAAUCUAAUAUAUUUGUUAAAACUUCUGAUGAUGGUUGAUAAAUUAGAGAAAAGGUAGAUUUGGGCAUAUUAGAAAAAUUGACUAAAGCACAAGGACCUGAGUUUGAUCCCUGGUACCAAAAAAAAAAAAAAAA